ACCAGCCUCAGUGCCUCACAACAAGAGGCUUGGGAUAUGCCUCAAAGAGCUCCGGGGAAAGUUCUGCAUGACGCUGUUUGCAACCACCUGAACCUUGUUGAAGGCGACUAUUUUGGCCUUGAGUUUCCAGAUCAUAAAAAGAUGAUGGUGUGGCUUGAUCUUUUGAAGCCUGUUAUGAAACAGAUUAGAAGACCAAAGCACAUUGUUGUAAAAUUCGUCGUAAAAUUCUUCCCACCUGACCACGCUCAGCUGCAGGAGGAAUUGACAAGGUACCUAUUUGCAUUGCAAGUGAAGCAGGACCUGGCACAGGGAAGGCUAACCUGUAAUGAUACCAGCACUGCCCUCUUAAUCUCACACAUAGUACAGUCUGAGAUUGGGGAUUUUGAUGAAACCAUAGAUCGUGAACACUUAGCGAAGAACAAGUAUAUACCUCAGCAAGAAGCACUAGAAGACAAAAUCAUGGAAUUUCACCGUAAUCACAUGGGACAGACACCAGCAGAGUCUGACUUCCAGCUUUUGGAGAUUGCCCGUCGGCUGGAGAUGUAUGGAAUACGCUUGCAUCCAGCCAAGGACAGGGAAGGGACAAAAAUCAACCUGGCUGUUGCCAACACAGGCAUUCUGGUGUUUCAGGGUCACACCAAGAUCAAUGCCUUCAACUGGGCUAAGGUUCGAAAGCUGAGCUUCAAGAGGAAACGAUUUCUUAUCAAACUACGGCCUGAUGUGAAUAGUUCGUUCCAGGACACCUUGGAAUUCCUUAUGGCCAGUCGAGAUUUUUGCAAGUCUUUCUGGAAGAUCUGUGUGGAACAUCAUGCCUUUUUCAGGCUUUUUGAGGAACCUAAACCAAAGCCUAAACCUGUUCUUUUUUCUAGAGGUUCAUCAUUUAGGUUCAGCGGUCGGACUCAGAAGCAAGUUCUUGACUAUGUGAAAGAAGGAGGGCACAAAAAAGUGCAAUUUGAAAGGAAACACAGCAAGAUUCAUUCCAUCAGGAAUCUGACCACACAGCCUUCAGAACAGCAUACAGAGGUGCCAAAACAAGUCAGUGAUAGCUCUAGCUUUGCCUAUGGAGACGACAAUGAUGCUGCAGCAGUGCAGAGCUGCCGGCAAGAGAAGGAAUUGAAGGCUUCAACAGAAGACACUGGACAGCACAAGAGUCCUUCUGUGAAGAAGAGCCCAAAGGAAGGCAGAAAGGUGGAUGGAGCAGUGGUGUCAACAGUGGAGGAAGAAGAGGAGGCUGCUAAGGACAGGAUGCAGCAGAACAGACCUCAGUCACAGCAACCAAGCACAGGUUCUCUGACUGGCAGCCCUCACCUUUCAGAGCUUUCCAUCAAUUCCCAAGGAGGACCAUCAGUGGCAAAUAUGUCUUUAUCUCCAAACUUGAGCCCUGAUGCCAAGCAGUCAUCUCCCUUGAUCAGCCCUUUGCUGAAUGACCCAUCAUGCAUCAGGACUGAUGACGAGGAAGAGGUCAAAAGAAAGAGAUUCCCAACUGAGAAAGCUUACUUCAUUGCUAAAGAAGUAGCGACCACAGAACGAACAUACCUGAAGGACCUUGAAGUCAUCACAUCGUGGUUUCAGAGUGCUGUGGGUAAAGAGGAUUGCAUGACUGAAACACUGAAAACUCUCAUUUUCUCCAACUUCGAACCUUUGCACAAAUUUCACACUGGUUUUCUCAAGGAAAUUGAGCAGAGACUUGCUCUGUGGGAAGGCCGCUCUAAUGCUCACGUUAAAGGAGAUUACCAAAGAAUCGGAGAUGUUAUGCUGAAGAACAUUCAGAGUAUGAAGCAACUGACAACUCACCUGUGGAAGCACAAUGAGAUUUUAAUGGAGUUGGAGAACGGGAUCAAGAACUCUCGCAAGCUGGAGACCUUUUGCAGGGAUUUUGAGCUACAGAAAGUCUGCUACUUGCCUCUCAAUACCUUCCUUCUCAGACCUUUACACAGGCUUAUGCACUACAAGCAGAUAAUGGAGAGGCUUUGCAAACACUACCCACCAAGCCACAUCGACUUCAGGGAUUCAAGAGCUGCUUUGGCUGAGAUUUCUGAAAUGGUGGCCCAGGUCCAUGGCAACAUGAUAAAGAUGGAGAACUUCCAGAAGCUGCAUGAACUCAAGAAAGAUUUGAUAGGCAUAGACAAUCUGGUGAUCCCAGGAAGGGAGUUCAUUAGACUGGGCAGUCUUAGUAAGUUGUCUGGAAAAGGUUUACAGCAACGGAUGUUCUUCCUGUUUAACGAUAUUUUGUUGUACACAAGUAGAGGCCUGACAGCAUCAAAUCAGUUUAAAGUUCAUGGGCAUCUUCCGCUGUACGGCAUGACAAUAGAAGAAAGUGAAGAGGAAUGGGGGGUUCCUCAUUGUCUAACACUACGAGGUCAACACCAGUCCAUCGUUGUUGCUGCAAGUACCCGCGCUGAAAUGGACAAAUGGACUGAGGACAUUCAGAUGGCGAUAGACCUGGCAGAGAAAAGCAGUGGCCCUGCCCCAGAGUUACUGGCGAGCAGCCCACCUGACAAUAAGUCUCCUGAUGAAACUACUGUAGACCAGGAAUCUGAGGACGACCUCAGUGCAUCCCGCACCUCACUCGAACGUCAGUCACCACACCGUGGCAACACUACGGUGCACGUCUGCUGGCACAGAAAUACCAGUGUUUCAAUGAUCGACUUUAGUAUUGCUGUGGAGAACCAGCUGUCUGGAAAUCUCCUACGAAAAUUCAAAAACAGCAACGGGUGGCAGAAGCUUUGGGUGGUGUUCACCAACUUCUGCAUGUUCUUCUAUAAAUCGCACCAGGACAAUCAUCCUUUAGCCAGCCUUCCUUUAUUGGGAUAUUCACUUACCAUUCCUUCGGAAUCUGAAAACAUUCACAAAGAUUACGUGUUCAAGCUACAUUUCAAAUCCCACGUGUACUACUUCAGGGCUGAAAGCGAAUACACGUUUGAAAGAUGGAUGGAAGUGAUCCGAAGUGCCACCAGCUCUGCCUCACGCACUCGAGCUCUGAGUCAUAAAGAGCCUCACGCCUACUGACGGCUGAACGAGCCACCGUGUUGAUUGUCCAGCAGCUGCCGAUUUUCUAGAGGACAUUUGAAACUCUUUUCUCCCUCCAAGUUUAGUAAAACUUAAAAAUUUGGUAAAAGAAAAGAAAAAUAAUAAGUAUGGUUUUGCAGAAACUUUCACAAUUCCUCAGCAAAACUGCUUACGUUCUCCAUAUGUUCAAAGUAGCUUACCAUCGUCCCAGUGGCUGCAGUUCGUUUCAUGUCUUGUACUUUGUCAUUCUGUGCUGUUUUUAGCUUGUGCCAGUAUUAAAAUAUUGUCCUUAUUAGAGUGCCAAAUGCCAAAAGACAUUUUGUUGCCUCAAAGAUUGCACCUAAAAAAGAAAAAAAAAAGAAAAAAGACGACUUCACAAUCUGAAAACUCUCUCCUCUGAGGCAAACCCUAUUUCUUCUCUUUUCAUAAAAAUAUAUUAUUUUUUUUUACCGUGUUAACCUGUAGACUGCUGGAUUUUUAAAUGUAGAUGGACUUUCACAGUAUAGAAUAUAAUUAUAUAUACAGCAAGCAGUCUAACAGGAAUAACUUUCAGAUUUCCUUUUUUUCUUUUCCCAGUCUUUCUACAUUUAAUCAGCAAGGAAUUACUAAUUUUCUAUCUUUAACAAGGAAACAGUUUACAGCUCAUUCUCGUUUCCCUUUGGGGUUACAAAUCCAUGUGGUAUAAAUAAAGUAUAAGAUUCUUAUCUAACCAUUUUCUUGGUGCAAGUUGACCAAAUUGUUCAUCUGUUGGCUUUGAAAAGUGAAUACUACUUGCAAGAUGAAAAACUUUUAAAAUAAUCCAGUGCAAUAUUAUUUGGGCUGUUAAUGUACUGUGAAUGGUAUGUGCAAGAAGAAAUUAAAGGCUGUGGUGAC